AUGGACAGCGGGGCAUGGGGUGCCUGCAUCCUCUUUUUGCUGAGCCCAUGGCCAACUGUAUCCGGCCAGGUGCACCCAGAGUGCGACUUCAUCACCCAACUGAGAGAGGAUGAGAGGUCAUGUCAGCAAGCGGCAGAAUGGAUGCCCAACACCACGCUGGGCUGCCCCAGGAUGUGGGAUGGGCUGCUGUGCUGGCCGACGGGGGCCUCUGGCGAGUGGGUGACUCUCUCUUGCCCUGAUUUCUUCUCUCACUUCAGCUCAGAGCCAGGGGUCGUGAAGAGGGAUUGCACUAUCACAGGCUGGUCCGAGCCCUUCCCACCUUACCCUGUGGCCUGCCCUGUGCCCCUAGAGCUGCUGAUGGAGGAGAAAUCCUUCUUCUCCACGGUGAAGAUCAUCUAUACCCUGGGCCAUAGCAUCUCCGUAGUGGCCCUCUUUGUGGCCACUGCCAUCCUGGUUGCUCUCAGGAGGCUCCACUGUCCUCGGAACUACAUCCACACCCAGCUGUUCGUCACCUUUAUCCUCAAGGCGGGCGCUGUGUUCCUGAAGGACGCCACCCUCUUCCCCGGGGAGAACACAGACCACUGCAGCUUCUCCACUGUUCUAUGUAAGGUCUCCGUGGCCACCUCCCAUUUUGCCACCAUGACCAACUUCAGCUGGCUCUUGGUAGAAGCUGCAUACCUGACCCACCUCUUGGUCUCCAAGUCGCCCAGCAGAAGGAGAGCCUUCUGGUGGCUGGUUCUUGCUGGCUGGGGGCUUCCCCUGCUCUUCACUGCCAUGUGGGUGUGUUGCAAAGUGGUCUUCGAGGAUGUGGCGUGCUGGGACCUGGAUGACAGCUCUCCUUACUGGUGGAUCAUCAAAGGGCCGAUCGUCCUCUCUGUUGGGGUGAAUUUUGGGCUUUUUCUCAAUAUUAUCCGUGUCCUGCUCAGGAAGCUGGAGCCGGCUCAGGGCAGCCUCCGUGUCGAGUCUCAGUACUGGCGUCUCUCUAAAUCCACGCUUCUCCUUAUCCCGCUGUUUGGAGUUCACUAUGUCAUCUUCAACUUUCUGCCCGACAGUGUGGGCCUGAGCAUCCGCCUUCCCCUGGAGUUGGGACUGGGCUCCUUCCAGGGCUUCAUCGUUGCUGUCCUGUAUUGCUUUCUCAACCAAGAGGUAAAGAUCGAGAUCUUACGGAGGUGGCACGGCCAUGACCUUGAGCUUCUACCAGCCCGGAGGACCCACACCAAGUGGACAACGCCUUCUCGCUCUGGGGUGAAGGCGUUGACAUCUGUCUGCUAGGAUCAGGUACCGCCAGAUUGCGCUCCAGAAUGCUCCGCAAAACCUGCACUCCCACCGGCAGCUCCACCAACACUUGGCAUUACCCAGCUUUUUAAUGUUUGCAAGUCAAAUGGGUGUAAAGUGACAUCUCAUUGUUGUUUCAAUUUGCAUUUCUCUGAUAACUAAUGAGUGUGAGCUUCUCUUCCCCUGCCCGUUAGCCUUUCGGGUUUGUUCUUCUGGAAAUCCACUCAGGUCCCUUUCCCUAUUUUUCUCUGUCUCAGAGAUGUCCCAAUUCUAGGUCUUUCCCUCAGGUUCUCUCCAUUGUGUGCCUUCCUGUGCUCAUAGCCUACUUUCUGCUGCCCCCCCCCCCCCCCACUUGGUGGAAGGCCCAGGAAGUAAAGCAUCUGAAGGGUCAGCCCUUCCCCCACUCUCUUCCUUGGCGGCAGGGAGGAGAAUGAGACCUGGGUGCUGUCCCUGGGAAUGUGUUUGUAGACUGAUGGGAGAUUUGAGUGCAGAGAACAGGCAGAAAUGGACCCUGCAGGUCAGGAUAAUAUCACUCCCGUCCUUGGUCAGCCCACAGCAAUCUGUGGUGCAAAAGCUCAGCUCCAUUCUCUGGCCUCCAGGAAGACGUCCAGUCUUCCCUGACAUUCUUGCUCUGAUGCACACCCUCCUCCCUCCCAGGCAGGAGGGUUUCAGUGCAGGGAGACUCAGCCAGAUGAAACCCAGGGUCACAUCGUUGGCCACAAUAUCCGACUACCCAGCACCUUCUUGGUCAGAUAAAUGUCAAGGUGUGACUCCAGUCUAAGAACUUUCCUUUAGCCUCAGGGAAUUGAAUUCCUCAGGGAAUUCAUAUUCAUUGCAGGGCAUCGAGAGACGUAGCCAGAAUUUAAAAAGGAAUAAAAAUCAGCCAUAAUCUCAUUACCCAAAGACAGUCACUAUGGAUAUUUUGAUAUGUCUUCUGAAAGAUUUUUUUUUCUCUGCAUUUCUGAACCAUCUUGAGAUCAUACUGUAUUUAUAAAUUUGUAUUUUUUAUGCUUCAAACAAACAUACACUGUGUUUAUGUGUUUACUGGCCAGUAAACACAUAAAAAGAUGCUGACAGUCAUUAGUCUUUGGGAAACUGCAAAUCAAAACCACAAUGAGAUAUUGAUUCGGCCCACCAGGAUGGCUGAAAUGCAAAAAUAGAGAGCAACAAGCAUUGGCCAGGUUGUGGAGAAAAUUGGAAUUCUUCUACGUUGCUGGUGGGGAUGUAAAGUGAUACAGUUGGUUUGGCAGAAAGUCUGAUAGUCCCUCAAAAAGUCCUACGUUGCGUUGCCAUAGGACCCAGCAAAUCCACUCCAAGACACAUAGGCAGGAGCAUGGAAAACCUCUGUCUGUACGAAAAGUGGUUCAUGAGUACUACAUCCCAGCAGUGGCAUGGCUCAUUGCCAGAAGAGAGAAACUCAAAUGUCCCUCAGCUGGCGGAUGGAUAAACAAAAUGACACAGAUCCAUAAUAUGGAAUAUUUUUCUGUAAUAGAAUGGAACAAAGUAUGGACAUGUGCUGGAUGGAUGAACCCAAAGAAGCUAGGCACAGAAGGCUACAUAUGGUAGGAUUCCAUUUAUGUGAAAUGUCCAGAAUAGGCAAAUCUGUAGAGACAGAAAGUAGGUUCGAGGUUUUCAGGGGCUGGAGAAGGGGAAAAUGGGGACUGACACCUCCUCCCCCAGUGGCUACAGGGUUUCUUUCAGGGGUGAUGAAAUGUUCUAGAAUUCACUGGAAACCACUGAAUUGUAUAGUUGAAAAGGGUGAGAUUUAUAAUAUGUGAAUUAUUAUUAUUACUAUCUCCCAAUAAAGUGAAUAUUCUUUGUUUAGCCAAUAACUACUUGACAUAUCUUCUAUUGCUGCAGUUUUGCUCCCAAUUUUAAAAAAAUCAGUAGUUACAGGGCGCCUGGGUGGCUCAGUAGGUUA